AUGCUGCUGGGAUGCGCAACUAUGCAGGAAUCAGGGCUUUGCCUGUGGUCGAGGGACACUGCCCCCGACGGAUCUGUGGCAUGGAUGCAGCGCAGAGUCGUCAAGCUGGACGAGGAUAUGUCCCGUGUCUAUGACAUCUACAAUGUGAUUGGCUUUGCGGAUGGAAUUGGUGUCUUCUACCUCAAAGCACUCCCUGGCAUCCUCACAAUUGACCUUAAGUCAGGCAGAGUUCUCAAGAAUAUAACUCGCAUCAGAGGUUUCAGUGUCAUUCCCUACAUGAGCUUCUACACUCCAGAUCAAGCUAUGGCUAUAACGCUGCCAUCUAUUAUCGCCUCCUCCACGGAGGGGAAUGGUGAGGAGUGGGGCGGAUGGGAGGAAGUGGGAGAUGGGGAGAAGGAGGGGGAACAACAGGAGGAGGAAGCUGCCCAGGAGCAUUUCGACAAUGGGUCCAAAGCAUUUAACGAUGGGCACUAUGACAGCGCUGUAGAGUUCCUACGCCAAUCCCUCGAAAGCAGGGUGGUAAAUCAUGGUAAACUUUCUCCAAAGUGUUGCGACACAUACUACAGAUAUGGAUGUGCUUUGCUGUGCAGAGCUCAAGCCUGCAGUUCAUCAGAUGACAGCUCUCUGAAUGAUUCAGUCGUGGAGUAUUAUUCAGAUUUAGAUCUGGCAUGGAAAAUGUUGCAUUUUGCAAGGGUAAUACUUGAGAAGAGUCCUGGCAGCAGUAGAGAGAAAGUUAAAAUCUUUGCUGCUCUUGCUGAAGUCUCUAUGCGAAGAGAAGACAGAGACUACUCAAUCAUUGCCUGCUCCAAAGCUUUGGGCAUCUUGGCGUAUUUGGUUGACACUGGUAGAAAAACGCUCAUCUAUACCGGUUCCAGAGGGGCAUUCGUACCGGUUGAGAAACCGGUAUUAAUUAUCCGGCACUAAAGCCCCCCCCCCCCCCCCCCCCCUUUCUUACCGGUUGCUUACGAACCGGUAUAAAAGGGGCCUCCACGUGGGCCACCAGGAGAGCUCAGGCCAAGGAGCUUUGGUACCGGUUGGUAAUACGAACCGGUACCAAAGGUUCCCACCCGCGGCAGGUAAUUUGCCCAAAUCUCUGCCGCGGUAGAGUAUUGGAUUUUUAGGGUUUUUGGAGGGGUUUAGGGAUAUCGGUUUGUUUCAUAUCGCGUCGAUGCACCAGAAACGCGUUUGGGUUUAGGUAGUACAUGAAGAUCAAGAUGAUGCAUAGCAAGUUGGUGCAUAUAAUAUAACACACAUGUAAUUGCAUAAGAUCGCAAAUUAAGUAGCACUAUGCAUGAAGAUCGAUCUUCAUGCAUAGUGGUACUCUCCGAGGCGUACUCUAUAUAUGUCUAUUACAUGUAGCAUAGUGGUACUCUUCGAGUCAACUAUAUAUGUAACAUGUACAUCUGCAUUCAUAGUGGUACUCUGCGAAUGGUGGUAUGACGUCCCGAAGGAAAAAUCCCGCCAAUUCCUCGCCU